AUGGCAGAUUGGCACUAUGAUAGCGCAGAUUUCAUAGUCUGCUGUGGAGUCACAGAAGGAGCAGCAUUUUUAGCCCUGAUAAUGUUAUUCAUCAACAUGCGUAAGCACUAUUAUGCAGAGUACUCGGCCGAGUCUAAAGUUGCUAUGUUCAUCUCAUUCGUAACAUUGGGGGUGAUCCUGGUCUUGAUCAUGAUUGCUUCUCCAGUCUACAAAGGCGCCAGUGCAUUCCUGAUCGUCAUCAACAUCCUGAACAGUUUGUUCAUCCUUUCCUUCUACUUGUUGGUGUCUGAGAAGCUGACAUUUUACUUGUGGAAGUUCUGCACAGAGUAUCCAGCCAUGAAGAGGAGGAUCGUUCAGGAAAGAAUUCCUUGACAGAAAAUGUUCAAACAUCAAUAUCCCAUGAGCGAGUAUGGCCUUAUACAGAAGACUCUUCUUAGAGAUUAUUUCGUAAAAUACUGUUACCUGCUUGAAGGAAGAGGCAGAAUUCUCUACUUUUUCUUCCUAAAGAUAAAGACUUAUGCUGAAGCUUAUAGUUUCCAGAGAGAGAAUACUUUAGUAAUCUUAAUCUACAUUAUCACUGUUCCAAUUGCGAUGACAGCAGAGUAUAUUAUGGAGGAAACAGAUGCAAUCGUCAUCAGAGACUUUAACCUAAAAUCGGUCUUCAGAGUGUACAUCCUCGUGUUUACUUUCCUUGCUUCUCUGUGUAUGAUGAGUUAUUCAAGAAGUUUCAACAGAAUUGUUCCUUUUAAUAAGUUUGAAACCAUUUUGUCAACACUGACUAUUAUAAAGACUUUCUUUGAUUUCUCAGGAUCUGCUAUCAGAAUUGCUGCGUGGGAUAUGGACCCGAUUAAUGAGUUUGACGCAUAUAAUCUUAUAUUUUUGGCAACCUUUGCGGUGUUUUUGCUACUGAUAACGAUUGUUCAUUAUUAUGUCAUUGAUCCAAAAGACUUCGUGUUUAAUUUCCAGAAACAGAUGGUUGUUGACUUCACCUGGUACGACAGUGACCACCAACUUAGUAAUCUAGUCAGCAAGCAUAAGGGUGAGAGAAACAGUGCCCCAUGAACCAGUGCCACUUUUAGGAAAAUAGAAGAUGGCUCUGAGCCAUACAGCUUUCCUGAUGAAGAGGAGGACGAUACACAAAGAAUGUUAAAUGAUAAGAAUUACGAGACCUUCCCUUUGAACAGACAAGAAGAGAAUAAAGAACAGAUAACUAGAGAGGUGGAUACAUAGCAUAAUUCAUCUUAAUAAUAUCUGAAUUUUAUCUUUCUACAGAUCAAU